GCGUGGGGCAGCAAUAGCAGACAGCUCCCAUCCCAACACUCCAUCUCCUCUGCACACGGGCCAAACAUGGAGCUAAAGUAAACUUGCACGGGGCCACUAUAACACGUUCGUUUCUGGCGUUUUAUCGGAUUGUUUGAACUUUUACGCACGCAACAAGAUCGACAACAUGUGGAGAUACACCAACUUGAUCGCCUGUCUUCUGGUUUUGUGUAAGGAUGCAAGUGCGCAGAGCAAGGUGUUUGGUGAGACGGAGCCAGUGCGGAUGACUUCGGAGGGCUCGGACUGCAGGUGUAAGUGCAUCAUGAGGCCUCUGUCCAGGGACGCGUGUGUGCGUUUGAAGAGCGGGGCGGUGCGCGUGGAGGACUUCUACACGGUGGAGACGGUCAGCUCCGGCUCGGACUGCAAAUGCUCCUGUACGGCCCCCCCCUCCUCCCUCAACCCCUGCGAGAACGAGUGGAAGAUGGACAGACUCAAGAAGCAGGCGCCAGAGCUACUCAAGCUGCAGACCAUGGUGGACCUACUGGAAGGAACUCUCUACAGCAUGGAUAUGCUAAAGGUCCACUCGUACAUCAACAAAGUGAUGUCCCAGAUGAACACGCUGGAGGAGACAAUCAAGACCAAUCUGACGAGGGAGAAUGAGUUUGUGCGUGACAGCAUGCAGAGUCUCACCAACCAGUUCAAAAGAUACGAGAACUACUCCAACAUCAUGAUGAGCAUCAAGAAGGAGCUGUCGGGCCUCAGUCUCCAGCUGCUGCAGAAGGACGAGAACAAAGCACAGGAGACUAAUGAUGAGAAAUCCAAGGAUGGUCUGAAGCUAAACAAAAAGACUCCAGUAGCAAAGCCGAAUGCAAAAGCUCCUAAAGAAAAAGUCCUCAAGCCCAAGAAGGAGGUGAUCAAACCUGCCAAACCACAGAAACCUGACCCCACAGCCAAAACCAAGGUCGGACACCAGCCAGGAGUGGUCCGGGGCAUCACCUACUACAAGGCCACUAAGACUGACGAGGAUGAGCGCAGAGAAGAGAACUCUGGCAAAUCCUACACAGUGCACCACCAUGUGAAGGAGACCCAGUCCGAGGACGGAGGAUCUGAGAUGGUCCUAGAGACUCUGGAGGCCACCGAGGAACCUGAAGCUCCUCCCACCACUGAAGCACCUACCACCACGGUCUCCACAACAACCAGCACCACCACUACUACAGAAACAACCACUACUAUGGCAACCACCACAGUUCCCACAACAACAACCAGCCAGACAUCCUCAUCCCCUGAGAAACCAGCGCCCACCAUCGUCCUGCUGCUGGACAACUCCAACAACAACAGCCGGCCCAGUCUGCACAGAGCAGGUAAAAUCAUGAACUGUGAGGGCACGCUGGCCUCCAUAGAACAGCCUGAGAAGCACCACAGCUAUGGCCGAAACGAGGGCGCAUGGAUGAAGGACCCGCUGGCCAAAGAUUCCAAAAUCUACGUCACCAACUAUUAUUAUGGCAACAAUCUGGUGGAGUUCAGAAACCUGGACAACUUUAAACAAGGUCGCUGGAGUAACCUCUUCAAAUUGCCCUACAACUGGAUAGGAACUGGCCAUGUUGUCUACAAUGGAGCUUUCUAUUACAACCGCGCCUUUACCAAAAACAUAAUCAAGUACGACUUGAGAAUGCGCUAUGUGGCUGCCUGGACCCUGCUUCAUGAUGUAGUUUACGAGGACACCACCCCUUGGAAGUGGAGGGGUCAUUCGGACAUUGACUUUGCUGUUGAUGAAAGCGGUUUGUGGGUCAUUUACCCCUCUGUGGACUACGACUACAGCCAGCAGGAGAUGAUUGUAAUCAGCAAAUUGGACCCAGGGGACUUGUCUCUAAAGAAGGAGACAACAUGGAGGACGGGCCUGAAAAGGAACUCCUAUGGAAACUGCUUUAUCAUCUGUGGCGUUUUGUAUGCUGUGGAUGUGUACAAUCAAAAGGAUGGAGAGUUGAACUAUGCCUAUGACACUCACACUAAUACGGACGCUAUCCCAAGACUGCCUUUCACAAACGAAUAUGCUUACACCACUCAAAUCGACUACAACCCGAAAGAGAAGGUGCUAUAUGCCUGGGACAAUGGACAUCAGGUGACGUAUAAGGUGAACUUCCUUGAACAAGAGGGAGUAUAGUGGACAACCUUGUCUGGUGGCAGCCAUGUUGGACUGAACAUCUUGGACAAUGGAUGAACCUCCUCCAGCCUUCAAUUGCAUGCUAUUUGAACUCGUGACCUCAAAGCCAACAUGCAUAUCUCAAACAUGCAGUGUAUUUCGGAUCAUAAUGGGUUAUUGUGGGAAUAAGCUCAUAGGUUGAGGUAAGGGUUAAGAGGAAGAGUUAUAUGUAUAAGAGUGGGUAUGUUUGAUUCAGUUUCAAAAUUCUGUAAGAUUUUUUGUAUUUAUUUACUUUUUUAGUUUGGUGAACCCACUGCAGCUCCUAAAGAGUAGUUGGGAAAAUAAAAGUUUGUGAAAGUGCUUAGUUUGUUUAUUGUUAUGUUACUAAUAUCUAAACCAUGCACAAUAGUGUAAUAUUCCAGUGAGAAACAUCUGUUCUGUUGAAAGAGGACUUUAAUGCUUAUUUACCCACUAAAACAAAUAUGUAUGAAAUUCAACAAUGGAAUAGCAAGAAACUAAAUUGCAUUUUCGCCACAUCUUACAUCCUAAACGAUUGAUCCAGCUCUUCCUCCUGAAGUCUUACCUUUACCUAUUUUUCUAAGACAAAUCUGUCUUUGUAAUGAAAUUAACUGAAAGUUUGUUUAUCAAUCCAUCCUUUCACCAAGCACUUUUUGUUUAGCUUUUUGUUGUACCGGCCUCAAAAUAGUUUUUGUGUUAACAAUGUGUUACUUAAAAUAUGACUUCCCAGAAUAAUACACAUGCUUGUGCUGUAUUUUGUCAAUUUUACAUUUUUCUGUAACCCUGAAUUUACACCUGGAGCUGCAGCAACACGUAAUGUAGACAAAGGUCAAUUUACAGCGGAGGCAAAAGAGCUGCUCCUGCAACACUAGCCUCUGUAUAUUCUCAUGUUUAAACACCAAACUGCUUUAUAUUGCUUAAGUAUUCAUUGUUCAUCAGAUGAAUCACUUUUAAAACUAUACAAAGUUAUUGAGAGGGAUGAUGCUUUACAGAGCAGUAACAAGCUGUGGCUGUGGUGCUUACAUUAAGUAGUUACUUACCAUCGAAGUUUAGUUGUCUGCACCACACUCCUGCUAUUUGUCAUAAAAUGUUUUAUAUUUCUGGAUGGUACGGUGUUUAUGCAACUGUAGUAGUUUUAGGGAAUUUCCUGUCUUGCCCCUGCUAAAAAACCUCAAGAUGCUCAGUUGAUGCUGAAAAAUUAGAACGUCAGCCUGUAGCAUAAUUACGCCUGUUGGACGUGUGUAUAACACUGCUGGUAAAGAUUUUCCGACUGGUUCAAAUGAAAAUCGAGUCCUGUGUGUAUGCUGUGCUGCUGUGCUUACGCGCUGUUGCUGCUUUGGUGUAAAUUGGGGUAAAUUUUAAGUUUUGUAAGAAAGCCAUGUGUGUUGUUAAAAUACCACUAUUUGUCCUAGUUUGUAAGAUUCUGUACAUUUUUUGUCAACUGUAUUUCAAAAUGUUUGCAAAUAAU